AUGCCCCUAAUAGCAAUUGAUAAGGAGUUGCCAAUUGUGGAGAGGAGUGUGGGAAGAAAAACUUAUAACAGAAUGAAAAGCAGUAAUUCAGCAGCAAAAUUGGAAAAAAAGUAUGUGGAGAAGAAUAGAAGGAACAAUAUGAAGAUCCUUUUUAACAACCUUUAUUCCCUACUCCCUCCUCAUCCCUCUCAGUUGCAGGAAGCAAUGGCAUUGCCAGAUCAAAUAGAUGCAGCAAUAACUUACAUAAAAAGCAUGGAAAUCAAAUUGGAGAAGAGCAAAAUGCAAUUGGAAAAUUUAAGGACUAGGCCCAAUUUACUAUCACCUCAGAUUGAAAUACAAGAAAUGAGCCCAACAAUGGACUUAAUUUUGAUUACUGGCCUUGAUAAUUUAGCUAUGUUUUAUAACAUAAUUAGGUUACUCCAUGAGGAAGGUUUUGAAGUAAUGGAUUCCAGCUUUUCACUUCAUGGGAACUGUAAGAUGCAAGUUUUCCAUGAAACUAAGGUUAUUGGGAACUCAACAAUGGUGUAUAGAAGAGUGAAGGAAUUGCUUAAUGGAUCUUCUUCAAGUGAUGAUAUUAUUGAAGACCUACUACGUUCAUGGGACAAUGAGAUUCAUUCUGAAAUGAUAGGGUUAAUUAAUUUGAUGUAA